AUGAAACUAGAGCUGACUGCCAACAGAACUGUAUAUAGCAUACAUCCCUGUUAUGAAACACAUGACUCUACUUACAAAUUUACAAGUAACCCAUCUUUUAUUUGUGUGGCAUUGUAUGUUUUCCUUGGCUCAUUGUGUCUUAUUACUGUGUGUGGAAAUUUUCUUGUAAUAGCAUCAAUUGUUUACUUUAAACAGCUCUACACUCCUAACAACUAUCUUGUUCUAUCCCUUGCUAUGGCUGACCUGCUUGUCGGAGUUUUAGUUUUUCCCUACAGCAUGACAUUCACUUUUACUUCAUGUUGGUAUGAUGAAGAUUUAUUUUGCAAAGUGCGAGGCAGCUUCGAUGUAACACUGAGCACAGCUUCUAUUCUGAACCUUUGUUGCAUUUCUGUUGACAGAUAUCAUGCUGUGUGUAAGCCUCUGACUUACAAAAGUACAAUGAAUGAUCGUAUCAUUGUUAUGAUGAUUCUUGGAUGCUGGGGUACUGCUGCUUUAAUUGGAAUUGGCAUCAUCAUUGCAGGAUUCAAUCAAGGGAAAUGUGAAGAGAAUUGUGCAAUGGAUGCUUUAAUAUUAACCACUUUAGGAUGUAUGUUUUCUUUCUAUAUCCCAGUUAUUGUAAUGCUUGGUAUUUAUCUAAAGAUUUUCCUUGUUGCACAGAGUCAGUUAAACAGCAUCCACAGUACUGCCUGUCGAAGCAAAAAGCCUGCUGGAGCUCUUAGUAUGAUGGAAAGAAAAGCAACAAAAACCCUUGCUGUUGUAAUGAGGGUUUUUCUCUUGUGUUGGACCCCCUACUUUCUUUGUAUAGUUUUUCAGCCUCUAAUAUUUGAUAUAACACCAAUAGCUGUAAUUGAAACUCUUAAUUGGCUAACUUUGUCAAAUUCUAUGUUGAAUCCCUUUAUUUAUGCUUUCUUUUACAGCUGGUUUAGAGCGGCUGUCAGAAUUAUGAUUUCUGGAAAGAUUUUUCAAGGUGACUUUACAAACACCAAGCUCUUUUAA